UGAUGAUGGGGUUGGGGGUUGGUUCUAUCAAAUGUGGGUUCUCGUCUUCUUCUUCUUCGUUCUAAGCAUUCCUAAGAUUCUUGGGGCUCAUUUUCCCGGAUCAUAAAGAUGGCUCUUUUUCGCAAGUUUUUCUACCGGAAGCCUCCAGAAGGGCUCUUGGAGAUCGCCGAAAGGGUUUUUGUCUUCGAUUGCUGCUUUACCAGUGAUGUUCUCAAGGAUGGUGAAUACGACACCUACAUGGGAGGCAUUGUCCAUAAACUGUGCCAGCAUUUGCAUGAUUCCUCAUUCAUGGUUUUUAAUUUUAGGGAAGAGGAAAGCCAGAGCCAAAUAGAGUCCAUACUGAAGGACUAUGAAAUGACUGUGGUCAACUAUCCGCACCACUAUGAGAAUUGCCCCAUACUCACAAUGGAGAUGAUCCAUCACUUUUUGAAGUCGAGUGAGAGUUGGCUAUCGCUUGGGCCUUCCAAUGUGCUUUUAUUGCAUUGUGAGCUUGGCGGGUGGCCAGUCCUGGCCUUCACGCUCGCUGCCCUCUUGAUAUUCAGGAAGCAGUACACCGGGGAGCAGAAAACGUUGGACAUUAUUUACAAGCAGGCGCCUCGGGAGCUUCUUCAGUUGAUGUUGCCCUUGAACCCAUUGCCUUCGCAAUUGAGGUAUCUAAAGUAUGUGUCGAGGAGGAAUUUGGGGUCCGAAUGGCCUCCCCUUGAUAGGGCACUUACGUUAGAUUUCAUCAUCCUUCGAGACAUCCCUAAUGCCGAUGGGGAAGGAGGGUGCCGUCCUAUAUUUAGAAUUUAUGGGCAGGAUCCCUUUAUGGCUGCUGAUCGGACUCCUAAGGUGCUCUUCUCCACGCCCAAAUCGCACAACGCUGUUCGACACUAUAAGCAGGCAGAUUGUCAGCUUGUUAAAAUCGGUAUCCAUUGUCACGUACAGGGCGAUGUUGUGCUCGAGUGUAUCACCGUGGAUGAUGAACUAGAAGACGAAGAGAUGGUGUUCCGUGUCAUGUUCAACACCGCGUUUAUUAGAUCAAACAUUUUGAUGCUUAAUCGCGAUGAACUUGAUAUUCUCUGGGAUGUGAAGGACGAAUUUCCACCGGACUUCAAAGCAGAGAUUCUUUUCUCGGAGAUGAAUUCUGCUUCUACCAUGAUAACGCCUACUUUUCUUGAUAUUGACGACCAAGGAGGAGGUCUUCCUAGUGAGGCGUUUGCCAAAGUUCGAGAAAUUUUUAGCAAUGUGGAUUGGCUAGACCCGAGAACCGAUGUGGCUCUAGAUAUCCUUGAAAUCAGAGCGGCAAACAUUAUUCAAGAAAGGUUGGAAAACAUAUCUCCCCGGCCUGUUAGAAAGGAUAAAAUCAUCAAGAGCGCUUCAAGUCUGACGAAUGAAGUCAUUGAGAAUUUUAUUUGCCAGUCACCAACAGACGAAGAUAUCGAGACGAGCUUUCUUCAGUUGGCUAGGAAACUAAAUAUUGGGAGCAGCACUUUUCAAGAUGCUAUCGAAGGGAUAAACUUGCCGAAGAGUACUAGUAAAAAGAAAUUCGAAAACAUGUUUACCAAUUCUGGAAAGUCGGGUCUACUACUGGCUGACCUAUGUGAAGAAGGAGCCACUGAUGAAGAAGGAGAUUCUUUCCCUUCACCCGAGGACACUGCAAAGCUGUUUUCAAAGUUAAUGGCGAACGAUGGUGAGGCACCAAAGUCCUCGCAAUUGGAGAAUGAUACUAAGCCCCAAGAUCGGAAGAUUCCUCUUCGUGAGCCUUCUCAAUCGGAAGUCACAUCUGAGAAUGAGUCAUCCUCGAAUAUGUGUUCUGGUUCUAGUGCCCCUAAUCCUCCUCCAAUCUCGUCUCUCUCGAAGUUCCAUGCUGGUGGUGGAUCAAAUGUUGGCAUUACGGGCUUGCUAAAAGAAAACAGUUCCUCGGUGACAAUGUCCCCAAGGCAUGCCAUUUUAGCAUCGGUUCCAGGUUUAUUAAAGCCUUUGUCACCUAACAAACCAUUGGUUCCCGCCAUGUCCUCGAGUCAGUUACCCGCGUCACAAUCAGCAGCAGCUGUAUCUCUUAUUACCAGCAAAUUGGCAUCUUUAAUUCCACCUGGCUCGCCUGAUCCUCCUCCUCCUCCUCCUCCUCCAUUUGCUGGGCCACCUUCAUCUGAUGGCCAGGAUUCCAUCAAAGUACCUGAAACUUCUACUGCUCAUCCUCCCUGUGCCCCUCCAUCGAGUUCAGGGAAAGACCCCGUUCCUGCAGCCUCUUCCGUCCCUCCACCGCCCCGACCUUGUCCACCUCCGCCACCUCCUCCCAACGCAGGAUUAGAUUCAGGGCAUCCUCCACCUCCUCCUGCUCCUUGUCCUCCACCACCGCCACCUUCAGUUUCAAGUGCUAAUGCUGUGCCUUCAGCUCCACCGCCACCCCCUCCUCCCGAGGGUUCUACAACUGCCCCACCACCGCCCCCUCCUCCUAUUGGUUCUACAAAUACUCCACCGCCACCCCCUCCUCCUAAUGGUUCUACAAAUACUCCACCGCCACCCCCUCCUCCUAGUGGUUCUACAAAUAGUAAUGCACCUGUUCCACCUCCGCCAGCUCCAUUCAAGAAUGGACCUGGCGGACCUCCAGCGGGUGGUGGAGGCAUACCUCCACCUCCCAUGGGUGCAAAGGGGGGGAAAUUGCAGGCCCGGGGAGGCGCUAAGAAUCAGAGCAAAAGGACGCCCUUGAAACCAUACCAUUGGUUGAAGAUAACAAGGGCUAUGCAAGGAAGCCUAUGGGCUGAAGCUCAGAAACCCGAGGAAGCUUCCAAAGCUCCUGAAUUUGACAUGACUGAACUUGAGAGUCUCUUCUCUGCAACUGUUCCAAAGGCAGAUGCUGGAAAAUCAGGUCGUCGUGCUGCAGGACCAAAGACUGAUAAAGUGCAACUGAUUGAUCUCCGAAGGGCAUAUAAUUGUGAGAUUAUGCUUACAAAGGUUAAGAUUCCUUUGCCAGAUUUAAUGAGUUUAGUGCUCGCUCUAGAUGAUUCAGAGUUGGACAUUGAUCAGGUUGAUAAUCUUAUAAAAUUUUGUCCAACAAAAGAGGAAAUGGAAGCUCUUAAGAAUUACAAGGGGGAGAAGGAAAACCUUGGAAAAUGUGAACAGUUUUUCUUAGAGCUGAUGAAAGUUCCAAGGGUAGAAUCCAAGCUCAGAGUCUUUUCAUUUAAAAUUCAAUUCGUUUCUCAGGUUUCCGAUUUAAGGAAGAGUUUGAAUGUUGUGCACUCCACAGCUGAUGAGGUCAGAAAUUCUAUCAAGUUGAAAAGAGUCAUGCAGACCAUUCUUUCACUGGGUAAUGCUAUGAAUCAUGGAACUGCAAGGGGUUCUGCUGUUGGGUUUCGAUUGGAUAGUCUUCUAAAACUAACCGACACACGUGCCCGUAACAGCAAGAUGACUCUAAUGCACUAUCUUUGUAAGGUUCUCGCUGACAAGCUACCAGAAGUAUUGGAUUUUUCUGAUGACCUUGAGAGUUUAGAGGCUGCAUCGAAGUUACAACUGAAAUAUUUGGCAGAGGAAAUGCAAGCCGUGAGCAAGGGGCUGGAGAAAAUUCAACAGGAACUCACUGCCUCAGAAAAUGAUGGUCAUGUGUCAGAGUGCUUUUGCACGACUUUGAAGGAUUUUCUUGGCUAUGCUGAAAGCGAAGUGAGAUCUCUGGCUACAUUGUAUUCGGGAGUGGGAAGAAACGCUGAUGCUUUGGCUCUCUAUUUCGGAGAAGAUCCUGCACGCUGCCCAUUUGAACAAGUUGUGUUGACUCUGCUCAAUUUCGUGAGGAUGUUCAAAAAAGCCCAUGAAGAAAACUGCAAACAGCUUGAAUUCGAGAGAAAGAAAGCGGAAAAGGAAGCUGCAGAAAAUGAAAAGGCCAAACUAAAUAACUCUGAAACUCCCAAAAAAGAGUUGGGAGAAGGAAAAACGAAGAUGAGCAUGGGCACCGAACAAUUAAUACAACCAGUGUAGCGUUCACAAUCCCGUCUGUCAUCUUCAUUCACCGUUUCAAUCUUAACUCUACUGCAAGCUAAGCUGUCCACAAGUUACAACGAUCAAUAUCAUGGGAUUUUUCAUCUCGUUGGCAAAGGCCACCUAUAGCUGCAACAAACGGUGACUUGAAAUAGAGCCAGCCAUCCAGGCAUGCAGUAAAUAUAUCACUAGUGACAGAUUAUUGACAAACGAUCGAAAGACCUCGUAGGUUUACAAGUGAUAUAUAUAUAUGGAGUUGGGGAGGCAUGUAGGUCGGCCACGCUCGAGGAGGUAGAUUUUAGGGAUUCAUUGUAAAUAUUUCUCUAGUUGAAAUGGAAUAGUCUCCGUGUGUUAGCAUAUAUAUACUAGUAUGCUACCUGUGUGAUGCACGGUCAAAAUUAUAUUCUUAGUUAAUAUUAGUAAUUGUUAUAACAUUUAUGGUUUGUAAAGUUGAUAAGGUUUUAGAUGUGUAAAUAGUGUGUCAAAGAUGGUGUUUUGUUAUUGCACCACAUGAUCUCAACUAUAUUGAUGUAAGCCUAGGUGAAAACAUUAAUUCUUAUCAUUUUUUUAAUGUUAUUCUUUUAGGUGGCCUUCCCAAAA